UGCAGCCACACUAGCCUGAAUCCAGACUGCAUGCUCACCGAGUGUCAUUGUUUUUGUGCGUCACGUGACGCGGAGAAGUAAGGUCACCAGGUGUGCUGUCAUUAGUGCCAUUGGUGACCGCUUGCCUGCCUCUCGCUGCUUCCCAGUGUGAGGAGCUGACACAUUAAACAGCACCACCACCAUGGCCUCCCUGCCUCCCUGCCCCGCCUCCCUCAAACAGCUGCAGCACUACCUGAAGCUGGCCUCAGACUAUGACAAGAGAGAGCCAGUUGUCUCUUACUGGGCCCGCUUGUACACUCUGCAGACGGCCCUCAAGAUUGACCGUAAGUCCCCAGAGGCCCGCGCUCUCCUCACUGGCCUCAUGGAUUACCUUGAGAACUUCAAGAAGGAACACAAGGACAAUGAGGCCGUCUCAAGUGAUGUGGUAGCCCAGGCCUUGGUGGAGAACGUGGCCCACAAGCUCUUCAUGUGGGCAGACGGGGAGGACCGAGCCGCCAGAUUCAAUAAGAAUGUUGUGAAGGUCUUCUACACAGUGGGGCUGCUAUUUGAUGUGUGUGAUGUGUUCGGCGAGGUGUCGGAGGAGGUGGUGAAGCAGCGCAAAUAUGCCAAGUGGAAGGCAACAUACAUCCACAAUUGCCUCAAGAAUGGGGAGACACCCAUCCCAGGCCCCAUGGGUGGAGAGGAUGAGGGUCUGGGGGAGGAGGCAGAGGGUGGGGAGGAAGGAGCAGUGGGCGGUGGGGCGUCCCUGGGAUGGUCACAGCCACAGCCACACCCAGGCCUUCCCUCCGUCCCAGAUGACAGUGGCCUCCCCUCAGUGCCAGGAGCAGAUGGUCUUCCCUCUGUGUCUUCGUCCUCCCCCCGGCCAGUAUUACCCAGGUCACACCCCCCUCCCGAGCAGCCUGCAGCCCCCAGCCCUGCCUCAGCCCCAGCACAGCCUGUCCCCACUGCCUCCUUCCAGAUGCCAGAUGCUAGUGGUGGGUCUGUGCCUCUCACCCCCGACAUGGUGACAAAGGCCCAGAAGUAUUGCAAGUGGGCGGUGUCUGCACUGGAUUAUGACGACUCCCAGACCGCCAUCUUCAACCUGCAGAAGGCCCUCACCCUCCUCUCCACCGGCCGUGACAGCUGAGUCCUCAUAGGUCUCCCAUCAGCCUUCACUUUCUUCCCCAUAUGUGUCAGGAGGGAAUCAUAAAGGCCAGGUUCUAUUGUUCACCAGUAAUAUUAAGUCUUAGAUUUGUCGUCUCAAGUUAGAAGGAAUAAAUGCUACUAUUUUGUUUAGUUAGAACAGAAUGAGAUUGAUUUAUUUGAUUUGUUUCUUGGUUUUAAUAGUCUCUAUGAGUGUUAAGCUGUGUUGGUUUAAGUUUUACUACCUUAUUUUUGUGUAGAUACUCAUUUUUGCAUAAAUGUUUACAUCCAAGAUACUUGUUCCUUCAUUAAUACAGUAGAAUGCAUCAGCCAUCAUCCUCUGCCUCUUUCACUCAUUGUUUGAAAUAUAAACACUCAUUUACAUACCUAUAUUUUGUACGACUUCCUGGGAGCCGGCAGGAACAACCAUUGUGCGCUGCCUCGUGUUACUGCAGGUAGAUAAGGUUGGUGUUGUGCCUUGAUUACUUGUGUUAUUGUUAGCAGCUAUAGUCAAAUGUCCAGCAAGUGAUGCAUUUCACUACUACUUAUAACAUUCAUGCUGAGUCUUGAUGCCAUCCACCACUCAAGGUGAUUUGUGUUUGGGUACAGACAGGAAACUUGUGUAACUGUGGACUGCGUGUCUGGAAUCUUUAAACUGCUGGGCAAAGGAAGCAAAAAUUUUAUUAAGGAGUGCCAUUAGCUGAUGUAAUGUGGCAGUGACCAAGUGAGUGAGUGUGAUGAUCACGAAUGGUGGAGGAUAUUGCUAAAGUUUGAAAGGUUGUAAUUGCAGUACGCUUACCUUUACUUCAUCCUGUGGGUAAGUGUUGCCAUGCACAAAACAGUAUCAACAAAUUAAUAUUACCGAUGGGAACUUGCUACAUUCAAUACUAGAAGAUCCUGUAUGUGUUAGUUGGGUGAGUUUACUGUGCCAUGCUAACACCAUUGUAUUCAGAUCAUGUAUCCAGGUGUUGUAUUAAGACAGCAGUGUUGUCAUAUGUUGAGUUACAUUGUGCCAAUGAGUCAGCAGCAGAAUAUAGAAUAUCUUUGCCUUGAAACAUGAAUAGCAAAAUAAGCUUUGCCUUGAAACAUGAAUAGCAAAAUAAGAAGUCUCAUUGUUACAUGAUAAGUGUUGCUCUUAAUGUUCUGAAGGUUAAUGUGCAUUGGAAAGGGACCAUGCAAGGGACUCUCCAGGGCCACCAACACUAGUACAUGUGAAAAUUUAUUUAUUUCAAUGGAGUAAGUGGUGACAGUGGUAGAUGGAGAAGGGAAUGAUGAUGUAGGAAGGUAGCUUAAAUUAUACAAAACAAUUCCACAGUUUCACAGAAUUUACAGGCAAUAUAAAGAGACUAUUUAUGCUUUAAUGAUUAGACUUAAGUUAUAAAUAUAAAUAAACUUUCAAAAUGUGCA